CCACCACCGGCUCCAGACUGCUGCUCGUUGCUGCUCGUUCUCCCGGGCACUGGUCUUUCUGCUCUCCUCUGCCAUGUGAACUUCCUCAUCGCUCACUGAUCUUCCUCUUAUCUUUCAACCGUCCGCCCACAUAGACACAUCUCAAAUCAAUGGCGCCCGAAUGCGGCGUCGCCCGGUACUCCCCGAUAACAAUCACCCACCUGCCCGCCGAGCUGAUCGAGCGCAUCGCGCUCUUUCUCUCCCACGCAGACUUCAACGCCUUCCGUCUGUCCCUGCCGCCGCUGGCCGGCGUAGAUCUCAACGAUGAGGCCUUCCUGCGCACAAAGAUGAUUUACGAGUUCGGCCUCGAAGGAUACCAGUACGCGAGCGCGCUAAAAGCAGACCCGGACCCGCAGCUGCAGCGCGUCGCGUCGUCAUGGGAUAUGAUUUACGGUGGCAUGGAGGAGCAGUGGAAGAUUCCGUUUGGGGAUAUGAAGGGCUGGGGAGCCACCGGGUUUGACGGCACGCCGCUCGAACCUGCCUAUGCUUAUCCUCACAUCAGAUUGAUCCCCGCACACCAUGUCCUCGACUUUGGCAUCGUGCCCGUGCAUGUGUUUCGCAAUAUCCGCGUCGCGCCGGGGAACUACCUGCUGCAGUACAGACUGUGCAUCAAGGAGCGGCCGCUUGAGAAGUACGCUGAUUUCGACAAUCUCGAGUUUAACGUCUACCUCUACCGCAGCGACUUCAAAAACGACCGAAACUCGCCCACUGAUCCGAUCAACCCUACGCGCGACCUGAUCUCAUCCACCAUCUUUGGCGCCAGAACCGCCUGCGAGAUUGCUCGCGGCACAAAAGACGUCGAGCUAGCGGAAUUUUACGUCCCGCCUGGCCGAUACUCGGGCUACGAAUGGCGAACGCUGAUGAUUGAGAUCCGCGAGACCGACCGUCUGUCACGGUUCAAGAGCGGUCUCAAUCUCGAAUACGUCCAUCUCAAGCGAUCCGAGCAGGGCUCCGACCGUCUUAAAACAGUCCGCGUCGUGCCGCAGAAGCUAGGGCCGCGAUUAUCAUGGAAACUGCGGCCGGAGAAUAUAAAGUCCACGAGCACGAGCUCGUCGCUUUUACAAUGGGGCGCAGAGAAAGUUGCAAUUGCGCUGAGGGAGAAGUUGAAUGAUUUCCCGGAGAGCUCAAAGUUUUUUGAGUAGCUCUGGUUUGUAUUGGUUAGAGAUCUGUCUUUGUUUUUAGUUGGUAUCGGUGCAUCUGUUAGAUCGUAAUAUAUAAUGUCUGCUGCAUAAA